AUGACUGUCGAACUUCUCCGAGAUCAGCAGACUGCAUCUUCCAGCGAUGAAGAUUCUGUUGAAAACUCUUCCUCGUCGGAAGAAGAAGAAACUGACUCCGAAUCCGAAUCCGAACCGUCCGUAGGUUCCAAAAAGGUUGAAACUUCUUUGAAGCCCAACACCACGGCAAACUCUUCUUCGUCCAAUCCACCUCUCGUAGAUUCCAACAAGAUAGAAACUUCCAAGAAGAGUUUAGAAGAUGCCUCUUCCUCGGAAGAAGAAGAAGAAGAAACCGAUUCUGAAUCCGAAACCGAGCCGAACGCAGAUUCCAAAAUUGUUUCGACUUCCUCGAAGCCCAAGGCCACGACAAACUCUUUGUCGGAAGUAGAAACUGAUUCCCCAGUUGUGAAACUGAGGCCCACUGAACCUUCCCUGUCGGAAGACGACGAAGAAACCGAUUCUGAACCCGAAACCGAGCCAGAAGUAGAGCCCAAGACCACGACAAUCUCUUUGUCGGAAGUAGAAACUGAUACCCCAGUUGUGAAACUUAUCCAAGAGAGGCCCACUGAAUCUUCCUCGUCGGAAGACGAAGAAGAAACCGAUUCUGAACCUGAACCCGAAACCGAGCCGGUCGCUGAUUCCCUAAAGGUACCCGAGACCAUGGGAGUCGAAACUGAUUUCCCUGUCACGAAUCCAGUUUUGAAACCUCUAGCAGAUUCCAGCAGUAAGGCUGAAGCUUCCUCCAAGAAGAGACCUAGUGAGACAGAUGAAAGUAGAGGCAAGAGGGCCAAGAGAGUUGAUGGAGACGACGGAAUUGAUGAUGCAGAAGCGACAAAGAAAAAUUAUUUUCAAAGAGUUUGGACCAAGGGAGACGAGAUUGUGUUAUUACAAGGUCUUGUAGACUACAAAAACGAAAAUGGGUCUGAUGACAAGAAGGCUUUGUAUGAGCUCUUGAAAGAUUCUAUUAGCUUCAAGGUUACUAAAACCCAGUUCUUGGAGAAGAUCAGGUCUUUGAAGAGGAAAUUCGACAACAAUCUUGGAAAAGAGAAAAAGAAAGGAGAAGCACUUGUGUUUUCUAAUCCUCACGAUCUUGAGGCGUUUCGUUUGUCAAAGUUUGUUUGGGGAGAUAAUGAAAUCGUUGCUGUUGCUGCUAAGAGAAUUGAGCCUGCCCUUGUUGAGCCGACACAAGAGUUUGUUUCUAUUAUGGAUUCAAUAACUCGUUUCGGUAUCGAUGAUCUGGUUGCUAAAAAAGGUUGGAAUAGGCUUUCUUCGGAGGAUAAGAAGAGUUUUGAGGAGGAAUGGCAUCUUGAAGAACUCAAAUUCAACUCGGGAAAGAGCCGUAUUGUUCGUAAUGUAUUGAGAAAGAUGGCUGAAGCUUCCUAACCAGAUCAUUAGAUUUAUUAUUCUAAGAUUGGUCAUGUGUUGAAAGACCACCACCCAAAAGGACUUCUCUUUAUUUUAGGUUUCGUUCUUU